UAUACUCUUGGUAAAGCUUACCUCUUUUUUUCUUUUUUGAAGAGAAACCAAAAAUGUACAAAUGUUGUACACUCCUCGAUCCCGUUGUAGUAUGUCCGUAUAACAAAAAUCACUUUAUUGCGAGGUCUCGUAUUCAGAAGCACAUUAUCAAAUGUGAAAAGCAAUACCCGGAGAAGCUCAUGUGUCCAUAUAACGCAACUCAUCGGUUGUUUGAAACAGAAUUCGAGGAGCACAUCAUCAAUUGUCCGGCUCGUAACGUAUGCGAGUUAGAAACAUAUUCAGAGAUAAAGAAGCACGGAGCAACGAAUUUUGGACCUCCAGACCUUUCAAGUACUAUAGAUUGUACAGAGAAUUGGGAUCUAGAGACUGAUGAGGAUUCCUUCGCCAAAGGAAAUCCUCCUGUGAACGUUAACGUUGAUUUGAAGGCUCAUUGUAUUUCUCAACACAUGCUGAAAGAGGAGAGUAAAGAUAUAAAGUCUAUAAGAGCACCACGUGGCUUUUCCGAAGCAAUGUUGAGAGAAGCAAGUGAGGACUCGUGCGUCGAUGAUCUAGAAUCGGUAGUUAGUUCAAUGGGAAUCGGCAGGGGGAAAGUUAUUUCAAGCAUUAAGAAGCUGAAAAAAAUUGGAAUAGGCAGAGGUAUACCGAUGAACAAUAUUUCUUAAAUAUUGUCAAUUGAACUUUUGAAAAGUAAACAAAGAGGAGAUUGGAUUUUCCUCGUCUUCUAGUCCAAAUGAAGCCAUCUAAUAUUAUCUAAAUAUAUUUCUAUAUAUAAUUUACAAUAACUUGUCGCUUACAUUUCUUACACUAAUAUUUGUUCCAUGAACCUUUUAUUUUAGAAAUUUACAUCAUUUAAGUUAUUUACAAAUGCAGUGUAAAAGAUUCCUCCGUUAUCAAGUACGAUUAAUUUUUCUAUAAAAAGGAUAUUACGUGAGGAAACUAAAAUAUCUGAAUUAUCUGCAAAUUAACAAAUAUUUUGCAAUUGCAGUGGCAGUUGAUACAUUGUUACGUUAUUCUUAAGUUCCUUCUUUUUUUUUUUUUGAUGAUUUUUUUUUAUAGAAUUUAUAAAUUUUAGAUGUAAUACAUAAAGUACAUGAAGCGCAAUACGUAAAGUGAGAAUAUAACAAAUGAUUUGUUAUCUAAGACUGUUUUUCAUGAUGCGUAAUACUUUUUAUGUUUUGUACCUACAAUUAUAAUAAAAUCUGUUAUUAAAUUGUCUUGAACAUUAUUUAAUGAUAAAUUUAUGUAAUAUCAGUAAUUGAUAACUCAAUACAAAAAUACGAAUAUAUAUAUAUAAAUGCAAUUUAUAAGUUGAAAAGAAGUUUUAAUUGAUGUGAAAAUGUGAAAAUUUGAGUUUUAUGAAGAUCAAGAUUACUUCCUUCAAAACUUUUAAACUUUUCAGGUACUUUCAAUGAAUGCAAUUCAUUUUCAAAAUUCUAAAAUGGAUAUUUAUAUAUGUAAUUUCAAAUUUUGAAAUAAAUAAAUAUUCGUAACGAAGAUGAUUACAAACAAAAAUUUUUAAAACCUCUUUUUAAGUAUUUUACAGUAGAAAUAAAGAAGUAUUUUAUUGGUUGGAAUUGUUUCAAAUAACGUAUUACUAUAUACACAGAUACAGGUCUUUACUCAUGAAAUUUAUUGAAGGAAUACGCAUGAUACAUUUACCAUGUACAUCUUAAAAAAAAAAAUCAUAAUUGCUGCAAAUUAUCUUUUCUCCAUCGUGCAACACAUGUUAAACGUUUAAAAAGGCUUUCGUAACAACUUUUUAAAUAUUUUAUAUAAAUCACUUACAUAAAUUUUGCAUCAAAUAAUGUUUCCUCCCCUUUUUGAUUUCCGUUCAUAAAUUACCAAAUUCCGAACGAAAGAAUUCAGAUAAAGAUGUUAAUUCUUCCUGCUUCUACUCUGCUUAACUUACUAUUUUUAUAUAAUCGACCGUAUGUUUUUAAUUUUUCAUUCGCAGUCUCGUGUUUAUUCAGAACGUACAAAGGAACAAAUGCUAAGUUUGUAAAUAAGAUUUUAAUUUCUCUGGUUACUGAUGUCGUCAGCCAGCAAUUAUUUACAAGUUCUUUUUAAAAGUUAUCUUUCUUUUUUUUUUUCCUUUUCCUUUUUUAAGAAUAAUGUGCAGGCGAUUACCUAG